CGCAAUAUUUCCAAAAAGCAAAAUAAAACACAGAACGCGAGAGAAAGUCGGCAAAUAAAAAAAAUACUAUCGUUAGGGUUAUUGAAGUUUCUCGAGGAGGCUGUUGAAGAAUCAGAGCAUGGAUACUAAGAGAACGCUGCAGCGUUCCGUGCUGGCUUUAACAGACGAGACUCUUAUUUCAGCAAGCAGAGUAGUAAAUGCUGCAAGGGGGGACGCGAAUGAUGGGUUUGAACAGUGUGAUCCUCAAGUUAUCACUCAAGCAUCAUCUUUAAGUAGGCUGCCAGCGGAGCCUUCCUCUGUGGAUAUUGUGGUUUCCAUCUGCAGUUCGCUUGAAUUUCCUGGUGAUCUGUUGGUAAAGGAAAUUUUUAGAGUGUUGAAGCCUUGUGGAACUAUUCUGAUUUACAAUUCUCAGCAAUCUGUUAUAGGAGAAACUGACAAGCGCAAGUUGCUUUUGGCUGGGUUCUCAGAAGUAGAAGCUCUACAACCAAAAUCUGUUGGACUCUCCAAUGCAAUUCAUUCUUUUGGGGUCAAGGCCAAGAAGCCAUCUUGGAAUAUUGGGUCAUCCUUUGCGCUGAAGAAAUCCAUAAAAUCAUCAGUCAAGGUUCAGAUUGAUGAUGAUUCGGAUUUGAUUGACGAGGAUAGCCUUUUGACUGAGGAGGAUUUGAAGAAACCUCAGCCACCACUUGUUGGUGAUUGUGAAGUUGGAAGCACAAGGAAGGCUUGCAAGAACUGCACUUGUGGUAGAGCUGAGGCAGAGGAAACAGUGAAGUUGGGAAUCACCACGGAUCAGCUGAACAAUCCUCAAUCAGCAUGUGGCAGUUGUGGACUAGGGGAUGCUUUUCGUUGUAGCACAUGCCCUUACAAAGGUCUUCCUCCAUUCAAACUCGGUGAAAAGGUGUCGCUGUCUGAAAACUUUCUCGUGGCAGACAUUUGAAGAUGCUGCUUUUGCACAUACGCAGCUUAUGAAAGCUUUUGUUUUCAGUUGGCAAUGAUCCAUGCAUGCUUUACCAAUUCAAAUUGUAAUCAACUUUAGUGUCCUGGAAAUGGUCCAUAAAAUGUCAAAACAAUGGUUGAUGAUGAGAAUAACAAAACCUAAUUUUGUACUUCUUAUCUGUCGUGGUGCUUAUUUUCUCCUUGUCCCAGGUCCUUUGAUCUAGAACUCAUUCAUCAUUAAAAAGGUAUCAAAUCCAAACAGUUCCCAAACUCAAAUUGAAUUUAGCUCCGAAUA